AUGUGCUUGGAUGUUUUAAGGUAAUAUUAAUUGAUUACGUAAAUUUUUUUUAAGAGAGCAUUAGAAUAUUAGAAUGAUAGAAUUGGUUUAAAUCUUUCCAGCGUUAAAAUUAUUGGAAUUAAUAAAGAUAGAGAUCUCAGAAAUAGCAUGGUUAAUGUAUUAAUUCGAUUUGUGAGUAUGUAUAUAAAUAUUUUAGGCUUUCUUGCAAUAUAUAUUGAAGAUUUUGUGCUUUGAUAUAUUUAAACAUCACACAUCUCAUGUUAAUAUUUUAAUAUUAUAGACAAUGCUCUAUUCAUAGGGAAUAUCACUGAAGAAACAAAAUAUCAAUAUUGAAUUGUUGAGAAAAAUAAUAGAAUCACACGACAUAAAUUAUUUUAAAUAUGAGAACAUUAAUCGACGAGUAUACUACCUUGAAAACAG